CACUGUUUGUCCUCUCCAAGGCUUUCCCCCUCUGCUUUGCGAACAAUAACCUUUCCAUUUUCUGCAUCUCAUAACCUACUCUUUCCUCCAUCUGGGAUUUGGUCUACCUUUCUUUUCAACGUUUGGCAGAUGUGGACAUGGAUCGUAUCUGGGUUUAUUAAGAAGUCAUUGACGGGGUCUCUCUCGAAUAUGAGUUUCCCCGCAAGAGCUCUCACUUUGGCGGGGCAACUUUCCCGUGCACCUCGGCGCUCAGCCUGGUGAUGCUUUGCCUGGUGACCACUUUCCCUCUUCAUUCACUGAAAGGGGAAGUUUAAACACACACCGGCGGAUUUGGUCUCGCAUUCAAUAGCCUACACACGGUUUUAUAAAAAACAAAAAGGAGUAAAUUAAAAUGCAGAAGAGUGUCAGGUUUAAUGAGGGACACGCUCUGUUCCUCUCAGUCGUUGCGCGUAAGGAGGGUACCAAGCGCGGUUAUUUGAGCAAGAAGACCACGGAGAACAGCAGGUGGCACGAGAAGUUCUUUGCGCUGUACCAAAACGUGUUUUUUUACUUUGAAAACGAGCAGAGUGUACGCCCCGCCGGGAUUUACCUCUUGGAGGGCUGCACCUGUGAGAGCGUGCCUGUUCCGAAGGUCUCCACAGCGGGAAAGGAGACCCUCGACAAACAGCACUACUUCCUGAUCGUGUUUGGCCAUGAUGGACAGAAGCCUCUGGAGCUACGGACUGAGGAGGAGAAUGAAUGUGAUGAAUGGGUGGAGGCCAUCCAACAGGCCAGCUACUCUGACAUCAUCAUCGAGCGUGAGGUCUUGAUGCAAAAGUACAUCCACCUGGUCCAGAUUGUGGAGACAGAGAAGGUGGCAGCCAACCAACUACGUACUCAAUUGGAGGAUCAGGAUACAGAGAUAGAGAGGCUCAAAGGAGAGAUCGUUGCCCUGAACAAAACCAAUGAGAGAAUGUGGCCUUACCAUGUAAACCAAGAGGAUGAAGAUCCAGACAUAAAAAAGAUUAAGAAGGUGCAAAGCUUUAUGCGUGGUUGGCUGUGCCGUAGGAAGUGGAAGCUGAUAGUUCAGGACUAUAUCUGUUCUCCCCAUGCUGAGAGCAUGAGGAAGAGGAACCAGAUUGUCUUUAACAUGGUGGAGGCUGAGACAGAGUAUGUCCACCAGCUGUCUAUCCUGGUUAACUGUUUCCUGAGACCUCUCCGCAUGGCCGCCAGCUCCAAGAAACCUCCAAUCAGUCACGAUGAUGUCAGCAGUGUGUUCCUCAACAGUGAGACCAUCAUGUUUCUACAUGAGAUAUUCCACCAAGGUCUCAAAGCCCGGAUAGCGAACUGGCCUACACUGGUAUUGGCGGACCUGUUUGACAUCCUGCUGCCUAUGCUGAACAUCUACCAGGAGUUUGUGAGGAACCACCAGUACAGCCUGCAAGUGCUGGCCAACUGCAAGCAGAACCGAGACUUCGAUAAGCUGCUGAAGCAGUAUGAGGCUAAUGCUGCCUGUGAGGGCAGGAUGCUGGAGACCUUCCUCACAUACCCCAUGUUCCAGAUUCCUCGUUACAUCAUCACCCUGCAUGAACUGCUGGCGCACACUCCGCACGAACACGUAGAGCGCAAGAGCCUGGAGUUCGCCAAGUCCAAACUAGAGGAGCUGUCAAGGGUGAUGCAUGAUGAGGUGAGUGAUACAGAGAACAUCCGUAAGAACCUGGCCAUCGAGAGGAUGAUUGUAGAGGGAUGUGAUAUACUACUGGACACCAGUCAGACCUUCGUCAGACAGGGUUCUCUGAUUCAGCUGCCGUCAGUGGAGAGGGGGAAGCUCAGUAAGGUGCGUCUGGGCUCUCUGUCUCUGAAGAAGGAAGGAGAGAGACAGUGCUUCCUGUUUACAAAACACUUUCUGAUUUGCACACGCAGCUCAGGAGGCAAGCUGCACCUGCUCAAGCAAGGUGGAGUCCUAUCUCUGAUAGAAUGUACCCUCAUAGAAGAAACAGAGACCAGCGAGGACGACUCGAAGUCCAGUGGUGGUCAGGUAUUCGGUCAGUUGGACUUUAAGCUGAUCAUCGAGCCGUCUGACUCACCCUCCUUCACUGUAGUCUUGUUGGCUCCCUCACGACAAGAGAAAGCUGCCUGGACCAGCGACAUCAGCCAGUGUAUCGAUAAUAUCCGCUGUAAUGGUUUGAUGACAAGUGUAUUCGAGGAGAACUCCAAAGUCACCGUGCCUCACAUGAUCAAAUCUGAUAUGCGCCUCCAUAAAGAUGAUGUUGACAUUUGCUUCAGCAAGACACUCAACUCCUGCAAGGUCCCACAGAUUCGCUACGCCAGCGUGGAGCGGCUACUGGAAAGGCUGACGGACUUGCGCUUCCUCUCCAUCGACUUCCUCAACACCUUCCUCCACACCUACCGUAUCUUCACUACUGCUGCCGUGGUCAUGGAUAAACUGGCUGACAUCUACAAGAAACCUUUCACCUCUAUACCUGUCAGGUCUUUGGAAUUGUUCUUUGCCACCAACCAGAACAACCGAAGUGGUGAUCACACCAAUGACAAGUCCCCCCGUCUCUGCCGCAAGUUCUCCGGUCCUCUCUCCAUAUCCUCCCGCACCUCCUCUCCUGUCCGCACACGCAAACUCUCUCUGCAUUCCCCCAUCAGUGCCAGGGUGGGGGGGCUGGACCUUAUUAAUAUUAACUCUAUCCCCUCCUCCUUCUCUCAGUCCGCUGUCAGUAGUCCAUCCUCAACCCCCACUACCACUUCCCCCCCUCCCACCUCCUCCUCGCCCCCUCCAGGUGGCAACAAGACCCCCCAAGACCAGGCCCCCCUCCUCCCCUGUCUACCUCUGUCCUACCCCGAACAGAGUCCCUCCCCCACUACAGAAGGGCAGGAGCUGCCUCGUGUUGACGCCUUCUGUGGAAAAAUGAGACGCAGCAUCCGCAGAGCUGUCUUGGAGUCUGUCUCAAUGGACAAGUUCAUCCCUGAGUCGCCUCAGAACAGCGAAUCGGGAGAAGUCUCUCCCUGCCGCUCCCCCUCCACCCCACGACACUUCCGCUACAAGCAGCCUGGAGUUCAAUCAGGGGAGAACUCUCGUUGUUCUGUUUCUCCUGCCUCAGCCUUUGCUAUUGCUACAGCUGCAGCAGGACAUGGCUCUCCCCCAGUGUUUAAUAACUCAGAGAGGACAUGUGAUAAGGAGUUUAUCAUCAGAAGAGCAGCUACUAACAGAGUCCUCAACGUACUUCGACACUGGGUCUCAAAACACUCCCAGGACUUUGAGAUGAACAGUGAGUUGAAGAUGGGAGUGAUCUGUCUACUAGAGGAGAUACUCAGAGAUCCAGACCUAUUGCCACAGGAGAGAAAAGCUACUGCUAAUAUACUAAGUACCCUUUCUCUGGAUGAGCAGGAAGCAGAUGCCCAGCUGAGGAUAGAAGACAUCCUUCAGAUGGUGGAGUGCCCUAGGUCAGAGUGUUUUGAGUCUCUGUCUGCCAUGGAGCUGGCUGAACAGAUCACACUACUGGACCACAUCGUCUUCAGGAGUAUCCCCUAUGAGGAGUUCCUGGGGCAGGGCUGGAUGAAGGUGGAUAAGUCUGAGAGGACACCCUACAUCAUGAAGACCAGCCAGCACUUCAAUGAUAUGAGCAACCUGGUGGCGUCUCAAAUCAUGACCCAUACUGACGUGGGCUCCAGGGCCAACUCUAUUGAAAAAUGGGUGGCUGUGGCCGACAUCUGCCGCUGCCUCAAUAACUACAAUGGAGUCUUAGAGAUCACCUCAGCUCUGAACCGCAGCGCCAUCUACAGGUUGAAGAAGACAUGGGCCAAAGUCUGCAAACAGACUAAAGCCCUGAUGGACAAGCUGCAGAAGACUGUGUCGUCUGAAGGGAGAUUCAAAAACCUGAGGGAAACCCUGAAAAAUUGUAACCCUCCCAGUGUGCCCUACCUGGGUAUGUACCUGACUGACCUAGCCUUUAUCGAGGAAGGAACACCUAACUUCACUGAGGAGGGCUUGGUCAACUUCUCCAAGAUGAGGAUGAUCUCCCACAUCAUCCGAGAGAUCCGCCAGUUCCAGCAGACACCCUACAGGAUAGAACACCAGCCUCAGGUGACUCAGUACCUGUUGGACAAGACUCUGAUCAUGGAUGAGGACACUCUCUAUGACCUCUCUCUUAAGAUAGAGCCCCGCCUACCGGCCUGAGGGACAGUCACUGCGAGCAACGGGACCCUGGCAACCCUGUCCCUCUAUGUGGGCAACACGCCUGCAUACCUGGGAUAAUGAACGACAAAGAGAGAGUGGAUUAUUGAAGAGAUAGAGAGAGAGAGAGAGAAUUGAGAAGGAACGUAGGAAGAAAAUCCUUGUUGUUUUUAGGCGAUGAUGGGGUGAUCUUUUGAAUGUGUUUACUGCGAGGAAGGGUAAACAGGAAGUGAGGUGUCAUUGUGUGACCUCAUCAUCCCUCUCCCAGGGCGUGACAUCAUUGACGUGAAACAUGGUUCUUCUGCCAGCAGAUCAAAUCAGAGUUGGUGGAGAUUGAUCAAUCUUUGGGAAAAUCUCAAAUGGCACCCUGUUCCCCAUGUAGGACUGUACUAUUUAGGGAAUAGGUUGCCAUUGAGACACUUUUUUGUCUUUGAAAAUUUGUAAAAGGUGUAUCGUAAGGAGAUGAAAUGUAGCAUGUAUAGCUCUAAGAGUCUGGACUUGUGUAUGUUACGCUGUGCUGCUUUACUGUGCCAUGUCCUUGAGCUGAAGCACCCAUGCUUUCACACCAAAUGGUGAUCACUUGACUUUGCAUGAUCCUAACUGGGGUUUUAGUGUUUAUUUGGCCUUGGUCCUGACCCCUGCAUGUUAACAUGCUUCACUCUCUUUGGUCUCUGAAGACUACACAACCACUAUGCAUCCCCAUCCACCAAUCAUAAAUCACUUUAUUAGGAGGGUCGGACGGAAUCUAUGAGGGUAGACUCAUACAUUACUACUACUACACAUACUAAAUGUAACGAUAGUGGUAAAUAGAAAAUCCUUUUAAGAUUCAGUCUGACUGUGGUAAUGAGAAACUAAGUGCUUCAAAAUUAAUUUCGAUUUAGAAACUGGGUGGCAGGUACUGUAGCCAACUGGGUGGCAGGUAGCCUAGCGGUUAGUGCUUUGUGCCAGUAACUGAAAGGUCGCUUGUUAGAAUACCUUAGCCAACAAUCUGUUGAUGUUCCCUUGAGCAAGACACUUAACCCUAAUUUGCUCCAGGGGCGCCGUACUACUAUGGCUGACCUUGUAAAACAACACAUUUCACUGCACCGAACAGGUGUAUGUGACAAUAAAGUAAAUAAAUUAAAAAAGCUUCAUUUGUAAUAGUUUACCAUUUAUGUGCAUUGUGUUGUUGAAAUUGCUCUUCAUAAAUACUGAAAUAUUAAUCUACAAACUGGUGACCGGUAUCUGAAAGAAUACAGUUUAGUCUGGUACUCCACAUUCAGGCAAACGUUUUGAUGUCCAAUAUCUUGUAAGCUCCACUAAUUCUGUGGUUUGUCCAUUUGAAUGAUGAUAAUUAGACGCUUCAAAUGUGCCUUUAUUAUAGUUUUUUUUCUGUAGGUAGAUUCUCAGUCCUCUAUAUAUUCUAACAACAAUACCAAUCAAUUCAGAUGAACAAGUCAUAUUUCCCCCUCUUAAAAUAUUUUGUUGUCAAGAUAGCAAAUUUCCAUCUGUGGCAUUCUUUGGUGAAGGUUGUAGAUCCCUAAUAAUAAUAAUGUGUCUGGUCAUUCAGAUGGUAUGGAAUCAUUGGGUAAAUAUCAAUUGUUAUUCCUUCAUUCCUCAAAUCCUUAUCUCCUUCUCAAAGCACUUUGGAGCAAAAGAUCGUCCUCUCAGAAGGAGGCAAGGAGAAAUGACAAGGAUAGAAUUAUGUAGAACUACAUAUAAUUGAAUAGGAUCUCUUUGGGAUCAAGGAUAUACAAUUGAGAUUCAGCCAUAUAAAACUAUUGUACUGCCAUGGAGUGAGGGUGGUUAAAGAGAAGUGACUUUAUGUCCCUCUAGUGGCUCCAACAUUCCCAUGCUUUAUCUGACAACAACACUUGUAGCACGUUCAGCAGGGCCUGUUCACAGCUUUACAAUAACCACUCCUUGUGCAGUUUCAUGAGCAUGUGGUCCUGUUGCAGUUUGCUCCUAAUUGAAAAAUGAAAACCCAGCAAACAAAUGUUGGUUCCCAGAACGAUGUGGAAAAGUAAUUUUUCAAAUAACCAAAGGAGAACCUCAAGGGAACACUAUGGGGACAUUAUGAGCGAGCUGGGAAUCCUUUGUUGUCCUCACACAUUUAAUUUUGUCUUCAGCUUCAUUGGCUUUACAUGGUCACUUGAGUGUUCUAGUCUAGUCUGUAUGAGUCUGACAGUAGCUGUCUGCAUGAAUCGAUAGAGGUUGCUUUAGAGGUUACAUACAGUUAAUGCAGCUCUUGAGUUCCGAUCAUGGAAUUCCGAACUCAUCAGUACAUCUUUACUUGGAUUAUAACAUAUAUUUUACAUUUUAGUCAUUUAGCAGAUGCUCUCAUCCAGAGCAACUUACAUUAGUGCAUUCAUCCCAUACAUCUUUUUUUCUCAAUAUAUUUAACUUAGAUGUACAUACAUUUACAUCUUUGUUAAAAUGCAUGUAAUGCCUUAACAUUUAUUCCAGAGAUGCAUGUACAUGCAUUUGCAUCUUUGUUAAAGUGCAUGUAAUGCCUGACAAUUCCAGAAAUGCAUGACUAUGACAUCUAGUCGACAGGGUGGCCACAGUUGUUCCUAAUUCGGCAUAUGACAUAGUUUGUCCCUUCAGAGGAUUCUUAAAUUACUCUUUACGUGUUGAUCAAUGGAGAAUUUGCCACCAAGCCAAAACUAGCUAGGUUUCAAUCCAAUUGGCAACAGAUUUCCAUGUGAAUAUUAUAAAAUCGCCGUAAAGAAAAUAUGUGCAUUAUCCCACCAGCGGUGUGUUUCCACCAAACAGACUUGUGGCGUAUAAAAAUCAGUGAAUGCACACAAAAUGUACUUUUUCGCUUAAGUUUACAUGUACCGAAUAAAAAUCUACAGUUCAA